UGCCCUUCGCACCCUUUUCUAGCUCACCAGGUUGCGGGCACUUCCAUUCCCUUUUUCUAGCAGGCUGUCCACAUUCCCUCUCAUUACCUCGCUGAAACAAGUUCUGAUCGAUCCGAAUGGUUCGUUCUAUGGCUGCUUUUCUCUCCAUCGCGGCAUAUUAUCUGCUGCUGUCUGGUGCUGCCCCUAUACUCCGGCGUGAGGUGCCUCAGGAGCACUCCCACGAAUUCAUCCUCACAUCGGUCCAGACAAGCCUCCAAAGCAACAACCCUGAUGGGAUUGUUGAUUCCGUCUUCGGUCUUCUGGGCGAUGCUGCAGCCGCGGGUGGCGCGGGAAAGAUCACGAACCUUGAUUGUUUACAGCAGGCCACCGCAGACCAGGCCUUCACUAACGCUAAGGCGGCAGGAGACGUUGAGAGCAUGACUAACGCACUUCUCUACCGCGCACUCGAGCGCAACACUGGCGCGGUCGGCCUCGCGAGCGUUCUCUGCAACCAGACCGCAACGAACCCUGAGAUUGCCGCGAUCAGUCAGCAUCAAGAUCCUGCAUCGACAAACGCUGCAGCCACAAACAAGGCCAUUGUCCUCGAGCUUGCAAAGCAGAUUGCGUCGAUCGGCGGGAAUCCACAGGACGCACUUAACUCGGGUACCUUUGCACCCGGAAACCCCGACGAUACCACCGGCAGUGGCAAUAGCUGUGAUGACGCGAACGAUGCCAGAGGAUGUAUAUUCACCCAGAACCUGCUUGUAGAUGAUGCUACUGCAGACGAGAUCAACGCAGCGGUCGCGGGUAUCUCGGCUUCAGGAUCGAGCAGCGCUGCUUCCGCCUCUGGCACCGACACAGCAGCGACUAGCACAGCUAUUGCCGCCGCCACGACCGCUGCCGCCGCAACGGCUGCCAACGCUGCUGCUGCUUGCGCUACCGCUACCGUGACUGUGACUAGCGUGGCGACCAGUGCGGCGACUCCCUCGGCAAGCGGCAACCUCCAGACCUUCACUGGUGCCCUCGGCGGCAUCGCUGCGCCCGCGGUCACGGCGAGUGGUUCCAGCUUUGUGGUCACGGACAACGACAGCUUCGUUGACCUCCCGACUGCCCUCGGUCGCUCGUGCGAUGUGCAACACAACCUGUGCGCGGAUUCGGCGAACAGCGGCGGAGGCUUCAGUGUUGGCUCAUGCGACACCCAGAACACCGCCUGCAACGCCGCUAUCUCGACAUAAGCUCCCAUGGUCCGCCUGUUCGUAACUUAUGUCUUCAGUCGGAGACUCGUUUUCGGCGUCGUUCUCUGGGAGGAUGGCCUGCUCUUCAUUUUGUUUUCUUUGUUUCUUUAUGGGCCUGGGCCCUCUUGGCUUUGUUUGCGAGAUGUAUUUCCCCCUACUACUCCUCAU